ACCGUCCAAUGACAAUCCACAAGAUCAUCAGGACCGUCCAAUAAAUCCCAAGAUAUUUAGUUAUUUCCUCUUUGUUUUGGGCCCAGCCCCUCCUCUCCUCUGCUUCCUUUCCCUUCCGGAUAAGUCUUUCUCUUUCUAAAACCCCCAUACCCAUCACUUCGUCUCCAAAAGUUUAAAUACCCAGAAGAUUUGAGAUCUAACAAUGCUUCGAUCCGAGCUCUUCUCCGCUUAAAGGCGCCGUUAAACGAAGAAAACGAUCUCCGGGGGGAAAGAUGGCGGCCUUGGCAGCGAAUCCUUACAUUCUCCGGCGUGAUCUCUGCUUCAGAGAACAGGGGAUCCACGCAUCCAACGGCGGCGGGUGCUCGCUGGUGGCGGUGAACGGCGGAGGAUUCCCAGCGUUCUCCAGCGUGAGGAGCGGGGGAAGGAGGCCGAGAGGGGAGGUAAAGGUGGGGUUUUUCGGGCAGCAAGCCGCGUCGAGGCCGACAUCGAUUGAGAUGGAAGCCAUCGGUGGAGAGGAAGAGCUGGAUGAGAUCCUCCGCCGGUCGCAGGAGCGCUCUCAGCCCAUCGUCAUCGACUGGAUGGCUGCUUGGUGUCGAAAAUGCAUUUAUUUGAAGCCCAAGUUAGAAAAGGUGGCAGCAGAAUAUCACCCAAGGGUUAAAUUUUAUUAUGUGGAUGUUAACAAAGUUUCUCAAGACCUGGUGAAGCGAGGGAACAUUUCUAAAAUGCCAACCAUUCAGCUAUGGAAGGAUGGAGAAUUGAAAGCUGAAGUAAUUGGAGGCCAUAAAGCAUGGCUAGUAAUGGAUGAGGUCCGAGAGAUGAUUCAGAAACAUGUUUGAUAUAUUAUUUCUUUUCAUUGCCCUUUCUUUUUCUUUUUUUUUUUUCGAAAUAGGCUAUUAUAUGUGUACAUAUGAAUCAAUAAUAUUCUCAAUUAUUAUAUUCCCCAUCUAUACCGAGUAACCUUUCUCAACAAUAAUACUUUCUGUAUUGAGGAAAUGAGUGCUCUAAUCAACAUAAUUAAACAAGAUAAAACAAAAAUCCUAGGAGAAACAUUUAAUUAUUUUAUGAACAUAAAUAUUUUAUCUAUAAACAACCAAAAUUGUUCUUAAUUCAUUAUUGUUGCAACAGCUAGGGAAAAUAACGAAACAAGAAAAAAAUAAGAGCAUGCAAUAUUUAUAUAGUUCAGUUUAUUGAUUUAUAUUCAUGGAUAGAGAUGAUGCAGAAGCUUUAUUAUAAAAACUAAAGAUUACCAAGUAAAAUUUUUUUUUGCAAAUCCUAGCCAUUAAUACAUUUGAUUUUUAGAACACUUGAGCGCAAGGCUAUGUACAUUUUCUCAUGCACUAAUAUAGCAACAAGCUUUUCGAAAUACAACAUGGGUAUCUAAACUUUAAGCACUUCAAAUAAGAUAUUGCCACAUCAUCUUUUUUUUUUCUAAAAAAGAGAGAGACUUUUAGAAUCAAGCCUGAGCAGGGCUAUCAACUUGCGUUAGGAAAUACCAUGCACUUCAGUUGUAGGAAAACUUAAAAAAAAAAAAGAUUACACCAUGUCAUGAUACAUUUUUGAUCGAAAAUAUUACAUACAGGAUCUCUUUCAUUAAUCAUUUGUUGAAAUUGUUAAAUUACUACACCAAACAAGCACAAAGAGCUCUUGUCUACAAUCAAAUAAUCACUCUGCUAUUUUUCAUAAACCAUAUAACCUCAUCACUUCAAAGUUUAAACUCAAAAUCCAUAGAAGCAUCAAAAUCUUCAGGCCAUCAACAUCUGCCAAGGAAUUAAUCUACCAGGCCGUUCGAAGAAACCUCUCUAGGUGAGGACUCAGAAGGGGAAGGCUCAUCAGUGCCGAUGGGCGCAUCGGAGAACCAGGCGAGCAUCCAUCGAAUGCUCAGCGAUCUUACAGUCCGAAAACUGUAAGAUCUCGAAGAGGAGGAGAAGACAUUGGAUGAGUUGGUGAGGAUCAGAUAAACCAGAGCUUGGACCAACAAGAAGACAGCCAACUUUGUGAGGAGGUCCUCAAGGCCAGGAAAGAAGAAGGCGUCCAUUGCCAAUGGUUAUGGCUGUGGGAACGAAAUAUGAACCAAGGCAGAAUGGGAAGGGUGUGAGAGAAGUUGAGAGGGUCUCGGAUGGGUUUAUAAGCCCUCAUGUGUAGUUUCUAUAGUUUACUUUUCCAAUAGCAACGAAAGCAAUGUUACGCCGUGGUGUAA